AUGGACGACAAGAACCAUAAACACAAAAGCUCUAAGCCUUCCAAGAAUGAUUGCAAACGAAUUAGAAGUAUCAAUGAAAUCACAAUUAUGGACCUUCCAAGGGUUAUUGUGGUUGAAAUACUUAAGUUCUUAAUUGGUUCAUGUAAUGGGUUCAUUUGUUUGUUGGAUGGUUCGACGUAUGAUGAAAACCAUUCGGUUUACAUUAACAAUCCUCUUUUGGGUGAGUAUUUCAAACUUAAAUUGCCCGAAUGGGAUAAAAGUUUUUAUCGUGUUGCUUAUGCAUUUUGCUUUAGUGAAGCGUCUGGACAAUAUAAAGUAUUGAGAUUUGUAGUUAGAAAGUUUUGGGGUGGUCCUGAAUUAUCGGAAUUGGAGGUUUAUACUCUUGGAGUUGAUAAGAAAUGGAGAAAUGUGGGCGAAGUUCCCUAUCCUGUAUGGGAUCCUAUAUGGGAUCGUUUUGACAAGGUUUAUGUCAGUGGUGCUCUUCAUUGGAUGGAUGUAGGAAAAAAUGACAGCAUUUACUCCUUCGAUAUUGGGACAGAAAAGCUAAAGUCCCUGCCAGCUCCACCUGGUCUUAAAACUCCAUUGUGGCGCUUGAAGCUAGUAGAGUUGGGGAAUUGUCUAUGUUUGAUCGAUUAUAUCUGCAGAAAGCGUGUUGAUAUCUGGCGCAUGAAAGAGUAUGGGAUUGCUGAAUCUUGGACUAAAGAUAGCAUUUUGGUGGAUUCUCUUUCGCCUGGUACGGUUAAAUAUAAUUUUGAAGCGAUAUUAAUUUGGAAAAAUGGAGAAAUGUCGAUACGAAGGGGCACAAAACUAGCUUCUUACAACCCAAAAGAGAAGAAGUUUAGGAAGGUAAAUGUGUAUGGUAAUGUUAAUGCAGCAACUAGAUACAUUCCAAGCUUUUACUCGCUCAAGACGGCCAUGGGAGACAACUUUCCAGUCUCAAAUGUUUAUUUGAAGACUCAGAUAAUUUAG